AUGAGUUCUCAAGCUUGUGCCACAAAUGCUAAUGAGAUUUUGAUGAUCCUCAAAGGAUACAAUGAUUCCGUCAGACAUUUAUACCAUUUGCAAAGUAAUUUUUCAGAUGAACUAUACCAAGAAUUCAAAGAAAUUUUCAAGAUGAUCCAACAAAACUUGUUAGAAACGAAAACAUUAUAUCUACGGGAGAUUUUUAACAUUUUGAAUCCAAAACAGCCAUAUAUUCUACGCAAUUUAGAAUUUUAUUCCUGUUUAUCUUGCCAUUUUGCUUGGAAUUAUAAAGAUAAAGACACUUUUAAAUCUAGAGAUUGUGAUUACAGAAAAAUUCUGAACAAUGAUCCUGUAUUCAUGGCAAUUGUAUACCAUGAUAAAAAUUCAUUUGAUUCAUUAACAAAAAGUGACAAUUUCGACAAGAAUCAAAGAUACAAUAGUAUCAUCCAAGCAGACAAACAAAUUUCCAUUUCAUUACUUGAAUUAUGCUGUGUAUCAGGUUCUUUAGAUUGCUUUAACAUUUUAAGAACAAGAUUCAACUCUGAAAUUACUCAACUAUGUCUACAACUUUCAUUUUUCGGCGGAAAUAAAGAAAUCAUUACUGAAUGCUUGAAAGUUCAUAAACCAGAUGAUGAAUGCAUGACUAAUGCCAUUAUUUCUCAUGAUAUGGAAUUAUUUAAGAUGCUAUUCAAUGAAUACAAAAUGCAACCAAAACUUGAAGAUUUUUCAAAUUAUCAUAAUCUUGAAGCAUUUUUGUAUUAUUUCGAUCAAUCAAAAUCAAAAGAUGCCAACAAAUUCUUUAUUCUUUCAUUAGGUUUCAACAUUCCAUCGCUGUGCCAGUAUUUCAUACUCAAUGGUGCAGAUAUAAACACAAAAGAUGAAAAAGGAAAAACUGCACUUCAUAUUGCAGUUCUUUCGUACCACUUAAAACUUGCCGAGUUUCUUGUUUCUCAUGGCGCGGAUUUGUACGCAAAAGAUAACGAAGGUAAGAUAGCACCCCAAUAUGCAGAUCAAAUCAAGUCAAUUGUAUUAGUCAAGUUAUUUAUAUCAAAUGGAGUAGAUUAUCUUAAAUUAUUCCAAUUCACAAAACCUGCAGAUGGAAAUCUUUAUUCGGAGCUUAACAAUCGCUUCAAAGAUUACAUUGAAACAACAAAUGCGUUAUUUUGCCUUAAAACAAGAAAUACAGAAGAUCUCUUAAGAAUUGCCAAAAUGGUCAAAACUAAUCUCAUAGACAAACUUUUAAUUAUACCUAGUUGGGAAUUAUUCGAAUUUUUGGAGAAUACACAUUUUGCAUUUAAGAAUGAAUAUUCUCAAAUUGAAAAAUGUAUAUUUGAAAAUGUAAACAUCGAUGCAAAAACAAAUGAUGUUAAUUACGAACCAAUUUUAAACGCAAUAAAGAACGAUGAUCAAAAAACUUUUAGCUUUUUGAUCAACGACGACAAUUUUGAUGAACAUGAAGUGAAAGGUCAUUUUUACAUUGAUGGCGAUAAAUGUUCAUAUCUGGAAAUAUGCUGUAACUAUGGAGCUGUUAAAUGCUUUAAGAUAUUGAGAUCAGAAUUUGACUCAACAAUUACCUCAGAAUGCUUAGACUUUUCAUUUUUAAGCGGAAAUCCCGAAAUAUUUCAUGAAUGCUUGAAAGAAAUUACUCCCGACGAAAGCUGUAUGGAAUAUGCCAUCGUAUCACACAAUGUUGACUUUGUUUCAUUUUUGAAGAAUGAAUAUGGAAUAGAAAUUGAUUUAUCUAUGUGUGUACAUCAUAUGAAUCUUCAGGCAUUCUUGAUUUAUUUAGAUCAAACUAAUGAUAUAAAUGGAUGCUUUGUUUAUUCAUUAGGAUUUAAUAUCCCGUCUCUUUGGAAAUAUUUGCUAUCAAUUGGUGCAGACAUCAAUGCAAAAGCUGCAGAUGGCUCUACAGCUCUUUUCCAUGCAAUUGAAUUUUGUGAUCAAUACACCGUGGAACUUUUGAUUUUAUUAGGUGCUGAUGUCAAUGCAACAAAUAACUAUGGCAUUUCUGUUCUUGAAUUUUCCAAAAAGUAUAGUUAUAAAGAAAUUCCAAAUCUUCUUAUUUCAUAUGGAGCGGAACAAAAUAAUACACAGUAA